AGCGUGCUCAAAAGUUGCAGCGCUUGAACAGCAUCAGGCAUGAGUUGCCUCACGUCAGUAAGCGAGCCCUAGCAGCGUUCUGUUCCAAAUCCAGACGGGACGAGUUACCAUACAUAUCAAGUACCAGAGAUGUCCGAGCCGCUCGAGACAUGGACGCUCUACAGCUCACGCCGUAUGGGCCCACCAUUGUGCGAGCGGACCUGGAGAUGAAAGAUGGCAGGAGGUUCACCCCCGAGGUUGUGAAUCCUCUGGCGUACUUGUACGCUGCGGCCAAGUGCCAGAGAUUUGCAGACAUCUUGGAGGAAACGUAUUCGCGGUCGCCAUGCUCUGUUUCUAGGCCGUGGGGGCUCGUGUUCUAUAGCGACGAGUGCAAACCAGGCAACAAGCUCAAGCAGUUGAACAAGAGGGCGGUGCAGAACGUAUACUUCAGCGUCCUCGAUUUUGGACCGUGGGUGCUGUGCAAAGAGGAUAUGUGGCUAUGCUUGGCAAGUGCUCGGGCACUGGACAUCAGCCAGUGCGAGGGUGGCAUGGCCCAGCUGAUGGGGGCACUGCUGAGGCUGACGUCACACGAUGGCCACGACCUGAGGCUUGCGGGGAUCACGCUGGAUCUACCUUCAGGCAGAAGCUUGAGAAUUCAUGCGAAGAUUUCGUGCCUUCUGGGUGAUGAAUCAGGAUUGCAUUCCAUGUGGAUGAGCAAAGGGUCCUCAGGUGUCAAGCCAUGUCUUCACUGCGCAAACGUGGUUAACAAGGGGUGGGUGGGUGCUGAUUUCAUGGAAGGCUCUAUGUUCAAGGACUACACGCAGGUCCGUUCUUUGCGUGAGUGUGUCCCGCACACCAAGGAGACCAUCGUCGCCAUGAUUGAUCGGCUCGCUGCAGAUGCAGGGGUGGUGAACAAGGGCACGCUGGCCGAGAGGGAGAGGCUCUAUGGAUGGACCCACUCUCGCCACAACAUGCUCAACGACCGAGUUCUGCGACCGCUACUGGACCCAGCGCGCCAGAACACCUACGAUUGGGCCCACAAUAUUUUACAGGGGCUCUUCCAGCAGACAACGUUCAAGCUGAUGAAGGAGUUGAGGACCUCGAACAUCACUGCAGCACACAUCCAUUCGUACUUCGAGAGCUUCGUGUUCCCCAGGAGGCUCAGCUCCAAGGGGGUGACAGGUCAGGAAAUGUUCUGCAAGAAGAGGGCAAAGACGAGCUGGGAGGCCGAGUGCUUCAAGUGCUCGGCGUCCGAAGCUCUAUCUGCUCACAGCGUGCUCGCCCACUAUUGCAGGACCGAGGUCAUGGCAAGAGGUCUUCACGUGCCAGCCUGCACUGCUUUCGUGUCUUUGUCGGUUGUGAUUCAUAUGCUUUUUCAUGGCCACAAGGUUGGCUUGACGAGUGACGUGCUUGAAGCAGCAACCUCUCAUUUUGCAAAGAAUUGGACUGCCGCGUUCGGCACGUCCGAUAUCCUUUGGAAGUUCCACGGGAUGCUCCACCAUUCGGAGUACAUCGAUCGGUACGGAUUCUGCCCGCACACGCUCACCGUAGAGCGCAAGCACAAGACUGUGCUCAAAUAUGCUGAAGAUUUCACGGAGGACACAAGCCCUGUCAUAAGGGAGGUUUUGUCCGAGAGUUUCCACCGCUUUAGCCAUGCAGAUUGGCUUGACCUUUCCGCUCGCCUCCUUGGGGCGACCAUGGCCAGCAAAAAACUUGCUGGCUUUCUGGACGCAACCCUCGGCCAGGUAGAACACAAGUCUUCGUCGAGGGCUAGGUUUAACAAGUACGACGUUUGCUUCAUUGGCGAUUUUGUAGCCUUGCGUGAAGGGCUCAAUGCAUGGUCAUUGGUGAGGGUCAUCUUCUUGGCUAGCAGUGCGGGUGUCUGCUUCGGGGCGGUGCAGCCAUACGCUCGCAUUUCACAAGAUGUGUGGUCCAGUUGUUGGCAAGAGCAUGGCGAUGCGUUUCUUACAUCGCUCGAUGAUUUUUUGGAGGUUCUCAUUUGCAGGGAAAGCGGUGGCAUUACCACUGCGUUGCACACCUUGUCCCUCGCAAAAUAGCCUCAACG